UUGUUAUUUCGCCUAAAAAAAGAAUACAGCAAAUGAGGUGCGUCUCGAUAGCGGAAGAAUACUUUACUGCAGCGAGGAGCGAAAUUUGAAUUCGUCAGAGAAAGACCUGUAACGUUUUGGUAGUGGUGUGUGCCUUCCUUCAAUACAUUGAAAUGCUUUGGCUUUGUUGGUAAACAACAAACUUUAGACGGGGUUUGGGACGAUUAACUAUAGAGGUAACGCAACAUCUUCUAGAUGGCCAGUCUUGGAUCGACAUCAGACAUGGACUGCCUUAACAUGGGCCUGUUGGACAAGCCAACCUCACCAGAACAAGGUGGUAGAACAGCACCUCUUGAUUUCCCCCACGCCACGCCUUUGCUGUUUGGAAUAACAACUAACAGCUUCUCUGUGCCCUCAAAACUCCAAGACAAAUCCAGAGUGUCACAGCUGAAAGCCAGACGGAGGUCAUCAAUUGGGGUUCGAGGGUCCCCUGAAACAAAUGCUCUCAUCCGCUACAUUGCCAAGCAGAGAAUGCAGGCUCCUUCGCCUACAACAGAGCAUCUGCGAUUGCAAUCGUCACUGCCAAGAACACAAACGCUGAAGCAGAAAAUGGCUGCCUUCCAGAUUGUGAUGGAGGAGGUUGAUGAGGAGGGGAAAUUAGAAUUGAUGAUUACUCCAGGAAAGAGCGAUCAGAAGCUGGAUUGUAUCGGUGCAGGCAACACCCAUUCUGAUAAACUGGACUCACUCCUGGGUAAAGAGAACAGGGUCACACCAGGCUAUCUUACCCCCGCAACACCCCCACCCUCAAAACGAGUGUACAGAGGACCACUACAGGAAUGUGAAGGGAAGAUUAGAGGGGCCACGUUCUCUGCCCCAGCAUGCACCGCUCGGGAGAAGGUUCGAGGUUUUGACUUUCAAAGCAUUGUACAUCAGGACACUACCUUUCAUCAACAGUUUCAACAUAUGCCAUUCCCCGUUCUGUCUCAGCAAACUAAAGCAAGCUUAAACCGUAGAGAUGAGCCUGGGGUCUCAUCUGUCACCAAGAAGAAGCGGGUACAUUUUGGGGCGCCGCUAUCCCCCGAGUUCUUUGACAAGACUCUCCCUCCCAGCACCCCACUGCAGAAAGGCGGCACCCCAUUCCGCCAGCCUUUAUCAGCGGGCUCAAACCUGCGGCCGUUACUCAAGACCCCCCAGAGAAAUGAAGCUUCCAUUCCACAGCCCGUCUUCAACAGUCCAGAUGUGGCUGAUGGCUCACCGACACUCAGCCAGACCAGAGCCCUUCGAGGAACAGUGAGCAGUGACGUUGUGUCCCGAGAUACAGAGGAUGAGGUUCCUCGACUUGUACUGGAGGAGGAUGAUGAGGUUGACCUUAUGACAGAGUUGAACAGUGCAGGUAUUUUUGAAGAAGCCUCCUCAGACGAGCUGACGAGCUCCCCGGCCCAUGUCGUGAACUCUCUUUUCCAGGAAGAACCCUUCCUUGAGGAACAGACAGCAGGAGCUGAGCUGGAGUUGGUCUCCUCCCCCCAGCAGCAGCAGGAGCAGCAGCCUCCUCCGUCUCCUCCUCCUCUCCAGCAUGAGGAGCAGCAGCCGAACCCCGUCACCUCCAGCAGCCCCGCCAGGCCCCGCGGCAGGAAGAGGAAGCAACCCUCCGCAGGAGCAGAAGCAGCAGCAGCAGCUGUUGAGAGUAAGCCCGCGUCGGAGAGGAAGAGGCCCAGCCGCGCCGCCUCCACAUCUGCCUCGGGGAGGAAGGCGCGUCAGUCGGAACAGAAGCGGGUGCGUUUCGGUGCGCCGCUCUCCCCCGAGUUCUUUGACAAGACUCUCCCUCCCAGCACCCCACUACAUAAGGGGAGCACCCCGUUUCGUCAGCCAGCCUCCGCGGGGGCAAAGCUGUGUUCUGUGCUAAAGACUCCGCAGAGAGAUGAAAACGCACUUCAGCAGCCCCGGCUCAGCCGUCUAGAGGCCACCGGUGACUCACCCACCCUCAGCCAUACCAAAGCCCUAGAAGUGGCUGUGAGCAGUGAACUCAUACUUGAAGAUACAGAGCAACAGAUCCCCAGAUUUCUUCUUGAGGAAGAUGAUGAGGUUGUGCCAGAGGUGAAGAGUGCAGAUAAUUUCAAAGAUGCCUCCCCAGAUGAGUUGGCUGACUCCCAGACACCGAACAUGAGCUCCUCUUGCCAAGUGGAACCUGUCUUGGAGAAACAGACAGGAGCUGAGCUGGGGUUGGUCUCCUCCCCCCAGCAGCGGGAGCAGCAGCCUCCUCCGUCUCCUCCUCCUCUCCAGCAUGAGGAGCAGCAGCCUCCUCCGUCUCCUCCUCCUCUCCAGCAUGAGGAGCAGCAGCCGAACCCCGUCACCUCCAGCAGCCCUGCCAGGCCCCGCGGCAGGAAGAGGAAGCCACCGGCGGCGGCAGCAGACGCUGAGAGCGAACCCCAGCCAGGAAGGAGAAGGCCCAGCCGCUCGGCUGCUCUCUCGGCCUCAGGGAAGAUGAAGGACUCUGCAGGAAAGCGGCGUUUCGGAAAUAAGGAGGUGGACCACUCUCUGUAUGGGAAGAGAGUGUACGCGUCCAAGAAUCCUCUGCUCAGCCCUGUCUUUGAGUCCCAGGGUAUCGGCAGUGGUGCCGUCACUCCAGCUAACCCGUCUGGAACAUCCACAGGCAAUGGUUCUCACAAGUCCCUGCCUGCUCAGGGUUCCCAAAGUGAGGCUGUCAGUGAUGUCGUCGCUGCUGCCACUAGGUGGCGCCAACGCUUCUGCCCCCAGCCCACUGAGGAACCCUCAGGGAUAAGUGACCUCGCUGAAGCCCUGCAGGCCACAGGGGACUCUCCUGAAAUCCCGGCGGACGGAUCGGAGGUGAGCAGCCCGCCGUCCCUGGCCGCAUCCAGCACCACACCCAAAAGCAGGGGGCGCCCUAAGGGCAAGCCCAAACCCAAGACCCCAAAAGCUGAAGCUGCCCCAGCCAAGCCCUCUGUCAGACGCAGCAGGGGCAGGAGAAGUGGCUCCCUGCGUAGCGAUGCCGCUGCCCUCAUGACUGAGGCCCAGACUGCUGGCGAGGAACAUGAGAACGUCACUGGGCAGAGCGGAGGCCCGAUCCACCCCGAGGCAGAAUCGUCGCUCUCCGGCCUGCCCCCCGCUCACGACCAUCACGAGAGCGCUGGACUGCAGCCGAGCCCUCGCCACUCCGCUGAGACCGCCGACCCCCGCGGGGCUGAAGCGGCGCCGUCCCUCGAGCCCCGCGGCGCGACCGAGGAUCAGGCCGUGACGAGCGCAGACGAUGGCAGACCGAGCCCCGCCACGGAGGCUGAUGAGAGUGACGCGGACACUCUGCAGCUCCAGCAGCCAGCUGGUCCCCCAGGCAAGCAGAGGAAAAGAGCCACUGGAGGAGGAGGAGGCCGAGCCAGACGGAGGAGCUCCCGGGUGCAGCUCAGCGCAGUGGUGGAGGAGGAGGCGGAGGAGGAGGGCCCAGGACAGGAGAACGGAGAGGCGACCGAGUCCACGGGCGCAGACGGAGACGGCCCGGAGGACGGGAGCGAGCAGGUGACCUCGCGCGCGGACAGCGCCAGCCUGGCACCGUGGCAGCAGGUCGAGUUCAGCAUCGAGGACGUGCUCAAGCCGGCGGCGUCGAGCAGGCGCUCCGUGCGGCGCAGCCUGAGGAACCGGAGCGAGCGGGUGUCCGAGUCCGGCCUGGCGUGGGUGGCGCACACGUCCCCCGACAUCGCCGCGGGCACCCGGGCGCGCCGCAGAAGAAACAGCUCACGCCUCAGCAUCAACAUCCCGCCCCCAGACCUUCCGGAAGAGUCCGAAUCCCAGGAUGAACCUGCGCCAGCAGAACCAUGAAGACACACUGUGCACUAUGAGUUUACUAAACCUUGGGAGAAGACUUUCUUUUAGAUUUGUUUUUGGAGGAGGUUGGUUUUAUAUCUUGUUUUUUUUAUGAUUUGUUUUUGUUUUGUUUUUAUUUUCAUUUUUUAAACCUAGUCAUUCAUCUGGCUCUCUGUGGCAAACCCAUCUCUGAAGCUGCUGGAAGCAACACGGUGCAUUCCUAAUAUCUAAUAUAUUCUAUGUACAUCGAAACAUCUGAGCCCUGUUCGAAGCAAGCACUCUGACUUCCAGUGUGUGACCCCUGUAAAUAUGCCUCUUUUAUUCGCCAUUAAAACCACUGAAUGACGCA